CUGGGAAGAAAGAAAGUAAAGAAAGAAACGAAGAAAGAUCCGCGUUUUUCGAUCACACAAAUUCAUUCUCCAUUUUUUUCCAUUUUCGCGCGCCUCAAUAACAAUAACCAUCUUCAAUUCUUCAUUCUUCACGUAACAAACUUUCUUCUCUCUCUCUCUCUCUCUCUCUCUCUCUCUCUCUCUCUCCGUUUCCAUUUCCAUUUCCAUUUCCUUUCAUUCACUUCUAUGCUUCUUUCUCUUUCUCUCUCAACAUUUUCCCAAUCCUGUGUCACUUCCGAUCUCGCUAAUUUCUCGCAAUCACCACCACCAUAAUAAUAAUAAUAUUUUUAUUUUCGGUUUUUUCCGUCAAAUCGAUCAACAACAUUCAAUGCUUUCCCCUUCCGCUAAACCGGAUUCGACUGCGGAAGCAAGCGAUAGAGGAUUAAAGUGGAAUUAGUAUUUUAGGGAUUUGUUGAAUUUUGUGAGGGGUUUGUGAAGAAAGUGAAACACAAGAGAAGAAGAAGAAGAAUACAAUGUCUGGUGGUACGAAGGGCGAACACCACCAAACGGUUCCCCUAUCGGUGUUGUUGAAGCGCGAAUUGGCGAGCGAGAAGAUCGAGAAGCCAGAGAUUGUUUCAGGCCAAGCAGGGCAGAGCAAGAAAGGGGAGGAUUUCACCCUCAUCAAAACUGAAUGCCAGAGGGUGGUGGGGGAUGGGGUCUCCACAUUUUCUGUUUUUGGGCUAUUUGAUGGACACAAUGGAACUGCUGCUGCUAUUUAUUCUAAGGAGAAUCUUCUAAAUAAUGUUUUAAGUGCGGUUCCUCCUGAUCUUAACAGAGAUGAGUGGGUAGCAGCAUUGCCUAGGGCAUUGGUUGCAGGCUUUGUAAAAACUGACAAAGAUUUUCAGGACAAAGGACAAAAAUCUGGAACCACUGUAACGUUUGUGAUUAUAGAAGGAUGGGUUGUAACUGUUGCAUCAGUUGGUGAUUCACGUUGCGUGCUUGAAUCUGGUGAAGGUGGGCUUUAUUAUUUGUCAGCAGAUCAUAGGCUAGAAACAAAUGAAGAGGAGAGGGUGCGAAUCACCUCUAGCGGGGGUGAGGUUGGUCGGCUAAACACCGGGGGAGGCACAGAGGUUGGGCCGUUAAGAUGUUGGCCUGGUGGCUUGUGUCUUUCACGGUCAAUUGGUGAUAUGGAUAUUGGCGAAUUUAUUGUCCCAGUGCCGUAUGUAAAGCAAGUGAAGUUGUCCACCGCUGGAGGCAGGCUAGUUAUCUGCAGUGAUGGGGUCUGGGAUUCUCUAUCUGCAGAAGCAGUCUUAGAUUCUUGUCGUGGCAUGUCAGCGGAGACAGCAGCAUCACAUAUUGUUAAAGAAGCUGUAGAAGCAAAAGGACUUAGAGAUGAUACAACCUGCAUCGUUGUUGAUAUAUUACCGCAUGAGAAGCCACCUGCUCCUGCACCACAUCGAAAGAAGAAAGGAAUAAUGAAGUCCAUGUUUCGUAAAAAGUCAUCUGAGUCAUCUUCUUAUAACGAGAAAGACUACUUGGAGCCAGACGUGGUAGAGGAAUUGUACGAAGAAGGAUCUGCUAUGCUUUCAGAGAGGUUAGAUACAAAAUAUCCUCUCUGCAACAUGUUCAAGUUGUUUAUGUGUGCAGUGUGUCAAGUAGAGAUAAAACCAGGGGAGGGUGUUUCAAUAUUUGAGGGUGCGCCCAACCCUCGUAAACUGCGUCCAUGGGAUGGACCUUUCCUCUGUACAAGUUGUCAAGAUAAGAAAGAAGCCAUGGAAGGGAAAAAAGCAUCAGGUAGACAUAGCAGUGGAAGUGAUGAUGAUUAAACUCUCAUGUAUAUUUGCCUUUUGAGAGUUAUAAAGAUUGUUGAUAUAACUAGAAGUUCGAACUUCCAGGCAACUGUGACUCCCUAUCAUCACAUGGGCUUCGCGUAAUUUGGAUCUAAAUUGGAAUUUAACUUGAAUAUCCAUACCAAAACCAAUACCAUUUUGUUUUGAAGUUUUCUGACCUGGAAGUGUUGAAUAGCAACCACCCAAGUGUUGUGAAAAGGUUGUACGUAAAAGCUGCAGUGCACGAUAGGACGUCCGAGGUAAUUCAUUCUUUCCAAUAUAAUUUCUUUUAUCCUGGGUCCAUUCAUUUGUAUAUGGAGUCUUUGGAAACACUAAAUAGACCUUCAAAGGAAAGUGAGCUUCGUUAUUGUAAUGUGAUAUGAUAUAUAGGGAGUUCAAUCAAUUAGAAUUCAUAGAUCAAUUCUGCUGUAGGAUAGACCUGUGUUUAAGCCUUUUGAAUGAUUCAUUCUUGUAGCAUUUGAUUUUUUUUAUCACUCCCUUUUCCUUUACCAUACAAACAAUAUAGGCCAUUUGUAAUAUACUUUAUUAGAUACUUUCCUCCUCCAUCUCCAAGAAAAAGAAAGGUACAUGUUACUUCCCUCCCAGUUUUGUUGUUUUCAUGUGUUAAGAUGCAUGAGCAGCAGGAACAACAGACCUGAAAUCAUGUCUACCAGGUUGCCGCAAGUUCAAGUGAUAUGUUGUGUUAUAAACUUCAGUUUUGAUGAUGUUACUACUUACUAUUAUUGUGUUGAAUUGUCAUAUUUGUACUCAACACACCUUUUUCAAACCCCAUCAAAUCCACUGUUGAAAGCACUUUUCCUUGUA